AUGCGAUUGAAAUGCAUAAUACUACUAUUAGGUGUUGCUGCUAAUGCCAGCUGCUUUAGCUAUUCUGAAAAAGGCUUACGUCAAUUCAGUAAGAGAGAUAAUUCUACCUGUUCCCAAGUACUCAAAGUGCCAGCAGAGGACCAAUGUUCAUUUAUAGAAAGGAAUUGUGCUUCUGAAACGGACAUAGGUCGAGUCAACUACUUAGAUUUGUACUACUGCAAGUUUCCGAGCCUCAAGUCAUUUUCUGUUGUACCAUUGAUAAGUUGUCUAAGCCUAUUCUUUAUUGCCUUAGGUAUGACAGCAUCAGACUACCUUUGUCCCAAUUUAUAUACAAUUUCAAAAUUUUUAGAAUUAUCAGAUAAUUUAGCGGGCUUAACAUUGUUAGCAUUUGGUAAUGGAUCUCCUGAUGUGUUGAGCACCUAUAAAGCUAUGAGUUUGGAUUCGGGUAGCUUGGCAAUCUCUGAAUUGAUGGGUGCUGCGUUGUUUAUUAUAACAGUGGUUGUUGGAUCGAUGGCAGUGGUUCAUCCAUUCAAAGUUCCACGAGAUCUGUUCAUAAGAGAUGCAGGGUUCUUCUUAGGUGUCAUUGUGUUGGUACUAAUUUCAUUGUUAAAUUCAUACCUUAGCAUGGCCAACUGUAUCCUUUUAAUUGGUGUGUACGCGAUAUACGUGGUGAUAGUUGUGUUGAACCAUUCGUUUCUAAAAUCGAAGAUAAAGCGAAGGGUGAGAGAAGAAAGAUCUAGAGGAAAUUAUUCGUUAUCUCGUCUUCAAGAUAACGAUCGUACAGAUGAUAUAUUCUUAGAUACAUUUGAUGAUCUUCCCACGAUCGAAGAAUUAAAUUUUAAUAACAUAAGAGAUCAAGAUAGAGGCGUGAUGAAUAAUCAAUAUGAUGAAUUCAUGAGACAUCAAACGUCAGAUGGCAUUCCUGUCGGGACUGGCUCUUAUGGCUUGAAAGUGCUAUUGCGGGAAUUAAGCAAACAUUCUAAUCAAGGAAGUAUAAGCUUGUCAGAGAUGAAUGAACGGCCAAUAACAGAACCUGUUAUUUCCCAUAGUCCACAAUUAUUUUCUGAUACUGAUCAACCGCAAACGUUUCCAACAUAUAAACCUUACAGGGAUGAUGAAGAUCAACCAGAAGAAGCAGAAAAUACAGAACAGACUUUGCUAGAACAAACAAACAUCAAUCAAAUGCAUUCUGAAAGACCGGAAUCGGAACCUCAAAAUAUAGCAUUUCGUCCCAAAUUUGGUUUCAAAGAUAUUGAAUUGAUCAAGCUUAUUGCACCCAACUUACUUACAUUUUAUGAUUACAAUUUAACAAAUAAAUUAUAUUUGAUAAUAUCUUUUCCUAUAUCUAUAUUAUUAAGAAUCACUACACCAGUGAGAGAACAUUCAAUUAUCCAAAUGUUGAAUAAGCUAGAGAAAAACCUGAGGAAUUUCCCCUUUAACCAAUCUACAGUAGACGACGAAGCUUUUGAUUACAGAUUGGAUAAAAUAUUAUUAACAACUCAAACUUUUAUGGCUAUCAAUUUAAUGAGCAAUGUAAUGGGCCAUCAUGCUUUAAUCGGGUUAUUAUUAUCAAUUGUACUAGCAAGUCUAAUGAACUUGAAUUAUGAUCGUAAAUUUAUAUCCUUGAAGAAUGUUAAUUAUAUUGCAUCUUUUAUAGGUUUUGCAAUUUCCAUAUCAUGGAUAUCGCUAUUUGCAACAGAAAUCAUAAGCAUUUUGAGAACAGUAUCCAUUAUUUAUGACUUGAGUGAUGAUAUUUUAGGAAUCACUGUUUUUGCACUUGGUAAUUCUAUUGGGGAUUUUAUCUCAAAUUUUACUAUUGCAAAAAUGGGAAUGCCUUUAAUGGCGUUUGGUGCCUGUUUUGGUGGUCCCCUUUUAUCACUUUCAUCUAUGGGAAUAAGUGGUUUAUUGAUUAUACCCAGGAAUAAAAAACAUACAAACGGUUAUAGGGUUGAUAUUUCAAAGACGUUAGUUGUAACAGGAUUGAGUAUAAUACUAAGUAUUUCAAUUCUACUUAUAAUGAUCCCGAGAAAUAAUUGGAUUAUAGAUAAAAAAAUAGGCUUCAUUUUGAUUUUUACUUGGGUUCUAGCAACCACGAUUUGUGUGUUAUUCGAGACACUCAGCUAG